UAUGUAGGUAGUUCUAGGCUUUAUCUCUGGACUUGAAAUAAAAAUUAAAAUGCAAUCGUUUUCACGCUAUCGAAAUCGUGCAUGAAUGUAAAUGUCGUUCUCGAACGCUAUAUUUCUUAUCUUAAUUUUUUUCCAAGAUAAAAAAAAUUGCUGGACUGAACCAAUUGAUUGCUAAUCGCAUUUCGAUUCGAAGUUUUUGCGAAUUCUCCUCGCGUCUUUCGCAGUGUAAACAAACAUAUUAAGUUCGUUAUGCUCAUGUUCGUAUACACACACAUUAUUAUGAUUGAUUUAAAAACCGCGAUGUGAUGUGUCUUUGCAAUUGAGUAAAAUUCCAGUAUUUUUUUAUUAUUAUUAUUUUUUAGCAAUAAAUUUAUUAGAUACAGUUCAGUUUCUCUCCAUGAAGUGACAAUUUUUGACUUUUAGGUACCACCCGCUUUCACUUUACGAAUUGUAGGCACACAAGAUGAAAAAGGAUCAUCCUCAUCCAGUACCAAUUGUUGUGCCCAAGGGGAAAGGACAACAUAAGUUUUCACUGGAUGAGAAAGCUCUCAGAAAAAUUCUGCUGCAGGAUCACGUUAGAGAUCGUAAUUUAGUGGUUGUAUCAAUUGCAGGAGCAUUUCGUAAAGGAAAAUCAUUCCUGUUGGGGUUUUUCUUACGAUAUAUGAAUUAUUUUAAGCAAACAGGUGGCCGUGAUUCAAACAGUAGCUGGUUAGGAGAUGAGAAUACCCCACUGAAAGGAUUUUCGUGGAGAGGAGGUUCGAAAAGGGAUACAACGGGAAUUUUGAUGUGGUCUGAAGUAUUCUGUGUAACAUUACCAACUGGAGAAGAAGUCGCUGUAAUUUUUCUCGAUACUCAAGGUACAUUUGACAGCAAGAGCACGCUUCAAGAAUGCGUCACAGUUUUCGCUUUAAGCACAAUGCUGAGCUCGAUCCAGAUUUACAAUUUAUCCAAAAAUAUACAAGAAGAUGAUUUACAAAAUUUGCAAUUUUUUGCUGAAUACGGACGUUUGGCUUCAGAAAGUAGUGGUAACACGCCAUUUCAAAAAUUACAAUUCAUUGUCAGAGAUUGGGACUGGGCAUAUGAAAAGAAUUAUGGUCCGGAGGGAGGCACAAUGCUUCUGGAGGAGAAGUUGAUGACUCCCGAAGGACAAGAUUAUGAUAAAAUACGAUUAAGGACUCAUAUCAAAUCAUGCUUUACGGAUAUCCAUUGUUUUUUGUUGCCGGAUCCCGGACCCAAAGUGAGAACAUGUGUCAAAUUUGACGGAAAAUUACCUGAUAUCCACUAUGAAUUUAAAUCCUGCUUAGAACAACUUGUUCCUUUGUUAUUGUCACCAGAAAACCUGAUCCAAAAAGAAAUCGGUGGUCAAAAAAUCACAGCUGAAAAUUUCUUGUCGUAUUUCAAAUGCUACAUGGACAUGUUCAAUAGCAACGUGCUACCUGAGCCUAAAUCUAUUUUUGAUGCGACUGUGGAAGUAAAUAACUUGACAGCUGUAGCAGCAUCAGAAAAAACUUACCAAGACUCUAUGAAGGCGUAUUGUGAAACCAAGCACCUGAAUAAUGAUCAAUUCGAACAAGCACAUCAGAUAAGUUCUAAAAAAGCUUUCGAGAAAUUUGAUAAAACACCAAAAAUGGGAGGAGUGGAAUCUUCUGUAAAAUACCGAAUCAAUCUGCAAGAGAAAAUCGAUAGCGAAUAUAAUGCGUGGAAACUGCGCAAUGAAAGUAAAAAAAGUAAAAUUGGGGCCAUAAUAUUCAAAACAGCUGGUACUGUAACUGGAGGUAUUGCUGGUGCUGCAACAGGUGCCAGAAUUGGCUCUACGAUUGGAGUGGUUUUUGAUGGUCCCGUCGGUAUUAUUAUUGGAGGUGCUGUAGGUGCCGUUGUUGGUGGCGUUGCUGUUUGUCUGAUUAAUGGAGCGAAAACUGCGUGGGAUAAAUGGAAAACACAUUGACACGGUGGUCAAAUAUAAGUAUACUAUACUAAGUAAUUUGGAAAUUCCGGAACCCAUGUUUAAAAAAAUGUAAAAUAUGUUUUUUGAACUGGCUUGUAUUGUUAUUAAUGGUAGAAGAGUCCUCCCCUAGUAAUUGAAGCCCCACCUCCUCCACAUUCAUAUUGCAUAGUGCGCAUUCCCUGUUAGGGGAACAGAAAUUCCUCAUUUCGCCAUCAUUUUUACUUUAUAUGUAGUACGAGAUAAAAAAUUGAAUUUAAUAUGUUGUAAUUCAAAUUCAAAUUAUCGACAGACUUAUUGAGCACCCUGCAUUUUCAAGAUGUGCUUGUGCUAGGUAUGGUGGUAAAUACACAGGUGUAUCAUGGUAUUAUAGGCCAGGUAAUGUCUUAUUUUUGUAUUCUAAGAACGCAUAAAUAAUCAAAUUUUUGCCAGAAUAUUGUGUUAAUAUGCAGCAUUUAUUUUAUGUGUGUUAUUUGCUUUUUUACAUGUCUUAAAUUAAAAAUAAUAUAGGUAGGUAGGCAGUUUUUAAAAUCUACGUAUUUUAACCUAAUUGAGUAUUCUGAUGAUGUGUAUUAAUUACAUUGACUUUUUUCGUUAACUAUACACAUAAGUAAUACUUAGAUUUUUACUUUUUGUUCUGUACAAAUCUUCUUUUACAUGCUGCCGAACAUACAAUUCAUUUUUUUUUUUUUUUUUUUAAAUAAAAAUAACAUAAAUAUUUUGUGUUUUGUUGAUCU